CUCCGCCCGGGCCUGCGAGGAGGGCGGGGAGGGAGGAGGAGCCGCGCCGCGGGGCUGAAGCUCGCCAUGGGGACGCUCCUGGCGCGGGCCGGCGGCGGGGCCUGGGCCUGGGCCUGGGCCUGGCGGCGCGCAGGCGGAGGCGAACGGGUAGCCGCCGCCGGGAGGCGCCUCAGCAGCAGCCCCAGGAGCACCUUGGAUGUAGCUGUGAUUGGCGGUGGCCUUGUGGGGCUGGCAUCUGCCCGAGCGCUCGUUCUGAGACAUCCCUCCCUCGUUUUCGGAGUGCUGGAAAAGGAAGAGGAGUUGGCCCGUCAUCAAAGCGGACACAACAGCGGCGUCAUUCACAGUGGGAUUUAUUACACGCCGGGAUCCUUAAAAGCGAAGCUGUGUGUGGAAGGCGCUGCCCUUUGCUACAAAUACUGUGACGAAAAGGGAAUCCCGUAUAAACUGUGCGGCAAGCUCAUUGUUGCGGUUGAACAUGAAGAAAUUCCGAGACUCAAGGCAUUACACGAGAGAGGGCUACAGAACGGGGUCCGGGGGCUGAAACUGAUCACUGCCAAAGAAAUACAAGCAAAGGAGCCCUACUGCCGGGGUUUGAUGGCUCUGGACUCUCCAUAUACUGGCAUUGUGAACUACAGGCAGGUGGCCCUCUCCUAUGCCAAAGACUUCGAAGCAGCUGGGGGAACGGUCUUCACUGACUUCGAGGUAGAAGGCAUGGAGAUGACAAAAGAAAGUCCCACAGGAAGUAAAGAAGGGAUGAAAUAUCCCGUUGUUGUUAGAAGUUCCAAGGGCAAGGAAAUCCACUGCAGACACAUUGUAUCCUGCGCAGGGCUGUAUUCGGACCGCCUCUCACAGAUCAGCGGUUGUAGCUCCGAGCCUCGCAUUGUGCCUUUCCGGGGCGACUAUUUGGUGCUCAAGCCAGAGAAGAGCUAUUUGGUUCGAGGGAACAUUUAUCCGGUCCCUGAUCCCCGUUUCCCCUUCUUGGGCAUUCAUUUCACCCCAAGGAUGGAUGGCAGCGUCUGGCUCGGGCCUAAUGCAGUGCUUGCCUUCAAGCGAGAAGGUUACAAAUUUUAUGACUUCAGCUUUCGGGAUUUCAUUGAUGCAACUGCUUACAGUGGUUUAUGGAAGCUGGUGUGCAAGAACCUCUCUUACGGGGUGGGUGAAAUGUAUAGAGCAUGCUUCCUUAAGGCACAAGUAAAGCAGCUCCAGAAAUUCAUACCUGAAGUUACCAUCGAUGAUAUACUCAGGGGUCCAUCUGGCGUCAGAGCUCAGGCCCUGGACAGCAACGGGAAUUUGAUAGAUGACUUUGUGUUUGAUGGAGGCACCGGAGACAUCGGGGGCCGAAUUCUCCAUGUCAGAAAUGCUCCCUCACCUGCGGCUACCUCCUCCCUGGCUAUUGCAAACAUGAUUGCCGAUGAGGUAGAGAGGAGAUUUGAACUGUGACCGGAACACUGGGAGACGUUGGACUGUUUUGACCUGUUGGUGCUCAGGCUGUCGUGAUUUGAGUGAUGCCAUCGAAGAAAGAGCAGGGAACGCAGCUUGUCUGGGGAGAAGCAGCUGGGAAUAGACUUGGGCUGCUGGCUCAACGUUUUGCCUUGCAGAAGUCACAGUCCAUACUGUGUUCUGAUAAGGAAAGCAGACCAGCCACUUCCUGUGAAUGCCCUGUAAAUUUGGCUGGAAAAAAUCGGUCCAUGGUGGAUCCAGGAGAAUGCCAAGAACACCUGCAGCCCUUCUUCUUAGGCAGUGUGUUUUUACAUUACGCAGUUUUCAGUGGGAGGGAGGCAAGGCUCCCUCGUUUCUGUUCAUGAAGAGGAUCUCCAGUACACUGAGGCCCUCCUUUUGAACAGUCUGGGUUGGGGGGGGGGGACUGUGACUGUGUCAUCUGCCUUCCUUCCAUCCUCCUGUAAAUCACCUUAAGAAGAAGAGCAGGAAGAUGGUCAGUCCAGGUAGCUCUUUCCACAGGUGUGGACUGUCUGCCUAGAGCACAUUCGUCUCACAGUUUUGUCCUGCUCUGUCAGGCCACACUGCAGGCGGUGGCAAUAUAAGACCCCACAGGGAGUAUCGGCAGGGGCGGAAACCAUGCUGCAAGCCCACCGAAAAGGGUGCCUGUUUUUCAUGGUGGUAGCUUUGUUUCCCUUGCUUCAGCACACAGACGCGGAAGAGGGCAUAGGAAAAUACUCUCUGUGCCUGGAGGGAAACUCUCCUGGGAAAUUUUGUACUGUUGGAAAAAUUGGGAGCAAAGAAAGGGCUGACUUUUGAAGCAAGAGAAUGGUUUGUCCUAGCGAGUAGGGUAAAAGCCACGCCUGAGUUACCUCUGGAGGAAUUUUUGCAGAUCAGUUGAUUCUCCAAACUGCACAGGCGAAAUGAGGAAAUGGUCUCAUUUUAAUUAUCUGACUAAAUAGUCACACGCGUGUAAUCUUUCUGCUCUGGAUGUUCCAGCCUUGCAGAGAUUCAGAAUAAACGAGUACCCAACCGAAUGCAAGAUACUUUUGUAAAAUACAACAUAGUGAAUGUGUGUAAGGUUAGUAGGAGCUGAUCAACAACAACAAAUUGCUCAAGACAAAUUCAUGCGAACUUUUGUAUGCAAUAGUAGGGAGGUUUAUACAAAGAUGACGGACAAGAGAAUUAUAAACACUUUUGCUGAGC